AUGGAAAAAAUGAUGCCAAUGAAAAAAAAGAUGACAAUGAAAAAAAGGAUGGAUGAAAAUGAGACUUUACCAGUGCAAAACAAUUCAUUGGAUAAAAUAUUUGAUAAACCCGAAUCUUCGGACGAAAAUGCCCUGUUUAAAGCGAACUUAUAUGAGUCAGAAGAUACUUUACAGGAUGCAGCAUCUGAAAUGCGUAAAAUUACGGCGACAGAAAAACUGAAGACUCCAGAUAAUAAUGGAAAUGGCCCAGUGACAGAAACUAUAGAAACACAACUAUCUGAUGAAGAAAGAUCAUCUUAUGGGAGAGAAAAAACUGAUCAACACACAAUAACAAUCACGGAUAAAAAGAAGAUCGAAUGUAUUAAUGGGAGCAGCUCAAUAACAGAAACUUCAGUGAAUGAACAAUUAAAUGAGAAAAAUAGUAUAUUACACACCUAGGGAAGUAAAGUAAGAAAUGUCUCAGAUCACAUGUAAUUGUUGGCCGAGGCGAAGCCGAGGUCAACAAACAUGUGAUCUGAGGCUUUCUUAUUUACUUCCCGAGGAGUGUAUACUAUUUUUCUCCUCGACGGAGGCGGAAAGCGGCAACUUCGUUUUGCACAGCGGGACGAAAGUUGACGCUUUCCGCCCGGAGGUGAGAAAAAAACAUUUAGUGAACCAUCAGAUAAUGAAGAAAAUACAGAAGCA